AUGCUCACCGCCGCUCCGCUCGCAGCGCGCUCUGCCAUCGCGCUGUGCUCUUUGGCUGCGGCCGGGCGUGGUCAUUUGGGCGUGGUCAUCCGGGCCGCAAACCUGACGGAUCCUGGCGACUGCGAGGCGCUCUGCUGCGUGCGCAAGCCCGUCGAGUUUGUCGUCGAGCAGGGCUCAAAGGGCUUCCUGGGCCAGGUGGCGGUUCUCGAGCCAGAGGUGGCGCGGAGGCGGCGCGUGCAGGCGCGGCUCGGCUCGGCCAUUCGAGACAAGGCGAGGGUGCUGAUCGCAGCCGACGCCGGCGCCGCGGAGCUGGCCGUGAUUGGGACGGUGGACUGCGUCGCGCUGCCCGCCGGCAAGGGCCGGCGCGCCAUGGGGCCCGAGCUUCCGCAGCGGCUGCUCAUCCGCAACCUCUGGGUCGCCGAAGCUUUCCGCCGGCAGGGCAUCGGCCGGCGGCUGAUGGACGCCGCCGAGGAGCUGGCAGCCGAGAUGCACAUCGAGUUUUUGAGCCUCGACGUGCUUGCGGACAACGAGCCGGCGCGGCGGCUGUACGAGAGCCUCGGCUUCACCGACCUGGAGCCGCCGCCGGUGCCCGUGCCCAACUGGCUGCGCGGCGCGCUGUCACUGGGCAAGGCGCUGGCGCCCCCGGGUGUCACGGCAGAGGGGUCCACUGAGAUGCGCCCGAUGUGA